AUGAGCGGCAGCGCACCGGCCAAUGCUGGUGAUGUCGCCCACGCCGACAUCGCACAGCUCGUCCCUCUCUUGCUCAUCAUCGCCUGUCUCGGUUCCAUGCUCGUACCGGUCAUAGCGACCCUUGUCGCGUUCACUCCCCAGCGCACACGCAGGCAACCGGUCUUCCAGCUGAACGUCUUAUCCUGCGCUCUCGGCCUCUUGCAAGCUGGCGCCACAGUCGGUUACAUCGUCCAGUUCCUCUUCGAUCCUACUCUGGUGAUCUCCCGCUGGUGGUGGAUGUUCAAGAUCAUCACCCUGCUUGUACCGCCUAUGUUUACGGAUACCGUCCUACUAUUCCGCGCUCUUGUGUUCUUCCCUGUUCAACUCAGGACCGACAAACAACUCUUAUACAUCCUCGCUGUUCCCAUCCUCGUCAAAAUCGCACGGAUUGUCGUCGUCUUGGUGUUCAUGAUCACCUACCCCAUGGAUCGCCUGUCGCUACCCGGCAUCGAAGCCGUGCAAGGUCUGGUUUGGGGAGAGGGCCCGCUUGUCAUGUCGCUGUUCGCCCUGCAGGCAGUUGAUAACGCCUACGCGUCUUUGAUAUUCCUCUACAAACUGUAUGACUUUCGGAAGGACGGCGAACAUUUUCUCCAUGAUGAAGUCAUGACGCGUCUUCCGGCCAUCUUUCUCAUCGCACUGGGCAACUGUGUGUUCCCUGUCACGAUGAACAUUGUACAAAUCGGUCUCAUGGCAGCAAAACCGCAUUGGAUGCGAGGGAUCUACAUAAUCUACAUCAACAACUACAUCACUAUCCUGGGCACGGUCUUCGCCACAGUUUGGGUGUCGAGACAGAAAUGGGCUGAACGCUCGAUCUUGGACUCUCCGUUGGAUUCAUCUCUUCCUCCAACGGGCGACGCUCGCUCUGAGAAGUCUAUGCACGCGUCCGACGAUACUUUGGCUUGUGCGGGUCCCCGCGCAUGUACCGACGGAGACCGCUGGUCCGCGACGAGGUGA